CACCCUUCAUAUCCCAUGGUGCUGCAGGCGCAGGGUCCUUGCACACAUGCUGUCUGUUAGCCAACGUGACUGAAACAGCGCAGCCGACAGAAUCAGCACGAUGCCCAAAUCCAAACGGGACAAGAAGGUUUCAUUGACCAAAACUGCAAAGAAAGGUCUAGAGGUGAAACAGAAUCUGAUAGAGGAGCUACGGAAAUGUGUGGACACGUACAACUAUCUGUUUGUGUUGUCAGUAGAGAAUAUGAGAAACAACAAAUUAAAGGAUGUCCGGAAUGCGUGGAAGCACAGCAGAUUGUUCUUUGGAAAAAAUAAAGUGAUGAUGGUGGCUCUGGGGAAGGGGCCGUGUGAUGAAUACAAGGACAACUUGCACAAGCUGAGCAAAUCUCUGAAAGGAGAGGUCGGGCUGCUAUUCACCAACCGUACAGAGGAAGAAGUCAAAGAAUGGUUUGAUCAGUUUAAGGAGACGGACUUUGCCCGGGCUGGGAACAAAGCCACCUAUGAUGUGGUCCUGGAUGCUGGGCCUUUGGAGCAGUUUCCACACUCAAUGGAACCACAGUUACGGCAACUGGGACUUCCUACAGCGUUGAAGAAAGGAGUAAUCACUUUGCUAUCAGAUUAUGAAGUGUGUAAAGAUGGAAGUGUCCUAACCCCUGAACAAGCUCGGAUAUUGAAACUAUUUGGCUACCAAAUGGCUGAGUUUAAAGUUUCCAUCAAAUCAUUAUGGAGUGCAGAGACUGGGGAGUUUAAGAAAUUAGUGGAAGAAAAUGAUGACGACGAUGCAGAGGAAGAUAUGGAGGAUGACGAUAAAGAGGGAGAUGACGAGAGUUAGUUAUGUUAAACAGGAAAAUUCUCUUGUGAUAUGAGAUCAACCUCCCUACGGCCACGUUUGUUCUUGAAAAUAUUUACUUCCAUCAGAAUAGUGGAUGGUUCUUAUUAACCCCCCUGGCAUGUUUACUAAGACAUAACAAGAUGUUACUGCGUUUUAGCAGAAACCUUUUGUUCCGGGGGAUUUAUUAUAACGAUGCUGGUUUUGAACAUGACGUGUCACAUGUUUGUAAACAAGGAAAGUGACUCAUUGUGCUGUACUAUAGACAUUAAAUGAAUCGUAACAUUUUUAUUAAAGUCUGUUGUGUUGUGGAGAAAACA